AUGGACAAGUUGUUACCCAGUACAACCUCAGGACCCUCUCCUAUAGAAGGGGAAAACCGCAUCAGCCUCUCCUGCGCGCGGGGAUGCCGGGAGGAUGAGCAGAGAACGAUGUAUGCGAAAGUGCCUGACUCAGAUCUCUACCAGCUGCCCCCAUCGUUGCUCCAGAGACUCUAUGACAGCUCCUCAGUCUCUCUGGAUGGAUUGCUCAAAAUGCUGAGCAAGGGGCCACCCCAUGGCCUAAAAUAUGACAUGCGUGACUUCUUUGCGAGACUUAUGGGCAAGAGGAACAUCCAGCCAGACACUCCUAUUGAUGUGAACCAAGAGAACAUCCCCAGCUUUGGCACCCUCAAGUAUCCCCCCAAUGUGGAAUGA